CGCGUUUUCGAAGCUGCAUACCACGAUCCUGCACCUUCCACCGCCGACUUGCAGAGGGUUAAUGCAGCGCUUGCGAAGAAAGUUGCUGAUGAUCGCGGCGUACCAAAUGCCAUUCGGAAACCCAGCCAAGUCACUUCUAAAGAUGUAGUACCGGAAAACCAUCCCAGGGCGUCUUUGCAGCCACCGCCUACAUUUUUCGGAGCGAAAUCGCUAGUUUUGAGAAACUUUGACGCUUCGAAUGUUGGGACUAGUGGAGGCUCAUCAGCUCCGUCUCCGCCUCGUGUGUCUGGAAUUGGAGGAAGAGUUUCUAAGCCAGAUUAUUCCGAAGCGAAGAUAGUCGUAGCUAUGGUCGGACUCCCAGCUAGAGGCAAGUCAUAUUUGAGCAACAAGCUCACCCGGUAUCUAAAGUGGCUUGAAUACGAUGUGAAGGUUUUCAACGUUGGACAGUUAAGAAGAUCGAAAGCAAAGGAGCGCCAAAAGAAGGAAGGGGUGAAGGAGGACCACUCUGCCUCAUAUUUCAGUAACGAAAACAAGUCGGCUCGUGAACUGAGGCAUCAGCUUGCGGAAGAGAGCUUGAAUACGCUGAUUAAAUGGCUGAAAGAAGGGGGAAAUGUUGGCAUUCAUGACGCUACAAAUAGCACGAGAGAAAGGAGGGCUUUUAUUGAGGCCCGAGUGGCGAAAGAACCAGGGCUACGGCUUCUGUUCCUAGAAUCUUUCUGCGACGAUCCCGAGGUUAUUGCCGCAAAUGUGGCCCUUAAAGUGUCCUCAGGCGAUCCUGACUAUGCCCACAUGUCCCGCAAGGAUGCCGAAGCGGACUUCCGGAGAAGAAUACAACAGUACGAACGCACAUACGAACCAAUUACCGAAAAGUACCUGAGUUACAUGAAAAUCAUCAAUGUCGGAGCUCAGAUAGAUAUGAACCACAUCAAUGGCUACUUGCAGAGCCGGAUAGUCUAUUACUUGAUGAACUUGCAUUUGAAACCACGGAGCAUCUUCUUCUCGCGACACGGCGAGAGCCAGUUCAACGUUGAAGGGAAGAUUGGAGGGGACUCGACGCUUUCUCCAAGAGGGAAAGCUUAUGCUGAUGCCCUUCCGGGCUUGAUCAAGACGAACGUCGGCGACGCACCACUGACGGUUUGGACCUCAACGCUUCAACGCACCAUUGAAACUGCGGGAAACCUAAAUUACCCCAAGCUUGCCUGGAAGUCCCUCGACGAACUAGAUGCCGGGGUGUGCGAUGGCAUGACGUACGAGGAAAUAGCAAUAUCGGGGGGAGAAUCUUAUCGUGAUAUCGUUGUUCGCCUUGAACCUGUGAUAAUGGAACUAGAGCGACAGGAUAAUAUACUGAUCAUCAGUCAUCAAGUAUAUGCAUACUUCCACAACCUUCCACAAGAAGAUCUCCCGUACAUUAAGAUUCCUUUGCAUACGGUAAUCAAGCUCACGCCGAAAGCAUACGGUUGCGAUGAAGAGCGUUAUACUGUACCCAUUGAAGCGGUGGAUACUCACCGACCCAAACCAAAGUCUGCCACUACUAAUCCAGGAGAGCCAAAGAUCCAAUCAAGCGCUCGACAGUAUUACGACCUAGGUGCCGAGUCAAAGAGCGCUUCGUGACAUCCCCUGCAGCGGAAACGCAGAACCGCUGUGCUCAGAUUGAAUUUGUACUACAAGAUCUAUUUUUCACCUCAAAAAGAACAUAUAGUGUCUCAGAUAAACAGAGUGUUAACAUUAUAUUACAACAGUAGAUAUCAACAAAAUGACAUCAGCAGAAUCGAAAAC